CAGCCGUUGUUUAAAAUUAUGGAUUUAAUUAAGUUAUAUUAAAAAAUUCUUUAUUUUAAAACGUAAAAUAAAUACUAGCUGGCCAUGAUUAUUUUCUUGUUAGUCUUUGAAAUGGUAGUAGCGAGCCGAAUGUUUCUUCAAGGGCAAGAAGAAGAUGUUCAAACUAGAGUUUCUUUAAGUGAGUGUAUUGUAGAAGCUUGCAAAAAAUAUUUUAACGAACCCUUCCAGGUUAUAAGUUACAUGCUACCUACAGCUGACAUGCAAAAUCAUGUUGCGUCUUAUUUUGUCAUAACUCAUCAGGUUCUGAGAGCGUUGGAAAGUGAAGCACGAUGGAAUAUCAUGAUUAAAAGCUUGAUUGGAAAAGCUUAUCCGUUUAAGUUUGUUACCAAAACCACCGGGUACAUCAUGCAAAUUAGAGGAAGUGGUGAAGUUGCUAAUAGUCUAAAGAUACUUAAAAAAAUAUUGGAUUGGAACCCCCACGCUAAGUUUAUCGUGGUCUCCACUACUGCAUUUGACGAUCCAGUUCAAGUAGCUACAGACAUGACGAAUGACAUGAUGAAGUACCAGAUUCUAAACGGCGUAAUUAUGCUCUCUAAUCCAGAAAAUAGAUCUGUUUUCAAUGUUUACUCCUGGGAGCCAUACAGUAACAGAAGUUGUGGUGACAAUUAUGAGCACACGUCCAUUGAUCGUUGUUCGUAUGGAAACACUGAAAGUGACGUAUCUUGGUUCACCAACAAAUUCCCUACAGACUUUUAUAACUGUACUCUUAAGGUUCUUUAUACCAGAUGGGCACCAUUCGUAACCAUAGACAAUCCAAGGUUCAAAAAAUCCAGCUCCACUGAUGCUCAAGGUAUCGAAGUCAAUGUAAUUAAUAUGAUAUCUGAAAUCUUGAACCUAUUUGCAGUAUACCAAGAAGAUGAUCUGGACGGCUAUGGUACUGUGUACGAUAAUGGUACUACUACAGGAGGAUUUACUCUCUUGAGUAAUAACGAAGCCGACGUUAUGAUCGGAGGGUAUGAUAAAAGUUUUGGAAAAAUGUUCUAUAUGGAUACCAGCAAAACUUAUAUACAGGAUACUUUGAUUUGGUGCGUUUCUCACGAACGUACCGACCAAGGAUUGAGGCCGAUGGUAGUAAUCUUGUCCGUAGAAGUGUGGAUAGCCUUCGGGACAGUAUUUUUUGUUACCACUUUGGUGCUGUGGUGUCUAAGUAAAAAAAGUACCACUGAGUCUUCAACUUACAAAGAUUUAACCAAGUGUUUUUUGACGACUUUUUUGGUUGUCAUUGGAUUUGGAGCAAAUGAUCUACCCAGAGCAGGACUAAUUAGGUACUUUAUGGGUCUUUUUAUAGUAUUCAAUCUAUUCAUAAAUAUUAUCUACACAAGCUAUCUAACCAGUAGUCUAUCCAGUCAGAGUUUCGGAGAAAAAUUUAGCAAAAUGGAAGACAUAUACAAAUAUAAAUUAACUACUUACUUUUUGCGAGAUACAGAAAGGUACUUCUCACCGUAUACAAAAGAUGAAGACAACUAUAUUCAAUCAGUACCAAUCAGAACUAUUCUAGACAACUGGAGAACCUGCGUGAACAUAUCGUAUUGCUUCGAACAGAUUUUAGAAGGGAACCAUAAUGCUUUUUGUGUAACUGAACUUCACAAAGAGUAUAUCUUUAGUGGAUCCGGAGAGCUAUCUCAGAGCAAGGAAAAACCAUACUGUUUGAACAAACCGGUGAUCAAAAUACCUGUCAACAUAGUAAUGAGAAAAGGGUUUAACCUUUAUAACGUAUUCCAGUCAUACCUGGAUAGAAUCACCAGUGCUGGGUUUAUUACCAAGUGGAAAAAGGAUAUUUUGUACCGGAAGUAUGAAAAGAGUUCUUCGAAUGCCAAGCUCAUAACGUUUGGCAACUUAGUUUUGGUUUUCCAGUUUGUUGCAUUUGUGCAGCUUCUAUCUAUAAUAGUUUUUAUUGCAGAAUUGGUGUUUUAUAAAAGCAGUCAUGAUAUUUCGGCUUGCCUGGCCACUCAUUAGUGCCUAUAUGUUACAAACUAUAGAUAUAAUUUCGUAUACAGUAAAUUUCACCAGCAGUAGAAUUUGUGGUUUACACUUUAAACAAAAUAUGGC